CAGCUGUCUCGUGAUGAGGGCUCUGGGUUGUAUUCUCGCUCGUACAAAAACAAUUGUACUGAGAUUAUCCAGACAUGCUCUCCACAAAAGUCUUCCACACGUGUACAAGAUAGACUGUCAGGCUUUGCGAUGCUUUGGCACAGAUAAUUCACAGAGCUCGAAACUAUAUUACGUCACAACUCCCAUCUUCUAUGUCAAUGCAUCUCCUCACAUUGGUCAUGUGUAUUCAGCUGUCACUGCAGACUGUCAGCACAGAUUCAAAAUCUUACAGGGAUACAACUCCAGAUUUGCCACAGGUACAGAUGAACAUGGUCUUAAAAUCCAACAGGCAGCGAGCAAUGCGGGAAAAGACCCUCUGAACUUCUGCACUGAGGUAUCAGAGAGUUUUAAGCAUGUUUUCCAAAGAUGUGGUAUUUUAUACACGGACUACAUUCGGACAACAGAGGAAAGACAUCGACAGGCUGUUGAACACUUCUGGACUGUUCUCCAUAGCAAAGGCUUCAUCUACAAAGGCACUUAUGAAGGCUGGUACUCCACUCCAGAUGAAAGUUUUCUUACACCAACUCAAGUCACCGACAGAACAGACUCCGAGGGACGACAGAUCAAAGUAUCCACUGAGAGCGGCCACAAGGUGGAGUGGAUGAAGGAGGACAAUUACAUGUUCCGCCUAUCGGAUUUCCGCACCAAAUUGCUUCAUUGGCUCCGAUUAAACCCAAAUAUCAUCCAGCCUGUGAAGUUUCAUCACUUGGUUCUUCAGUGGCUGGAGGACGAUAUCCCAGACCUGUCAGUAUCCCGCCAAAAAAGCCGCCUCCAGUGGGGUAUUUCAGUCCCUGGAGAUCCGGAACAAAUCAUCUACGUGUGGUUGGAUGCUCUGGUGAACUACUUGACCGUUGUUGGUUACCCACAGAAUCACUCCCAGUGGUGGGCGGCUGUCCAUCACGUUGUCGGUAAGGACAUUCUUAAGUUCCACGCGAUAUACUGGCCGGCGUUUCUCUUGGCUGCAGGAUUACCUCUUCCUCAGACCAUAUUCGUGCACUCUCACUGGACUGUGGAAGGAAAGAAAAUGUCCAAGAGUCUUGGAAACGUGAUCAACCCAUUGGACGCCAUAAAGAAGUUCACCGUGGACGGCCUGCGCUACUUCCUUCUGAGGCAAGGGGUUCCUGACUCGGACUGUGACUAUUAUGACGAUAAAGUCAUAAAGAUGUGCAACAGCGAGUUAGCGGAUGCUCUCGGUGGGCUUUUAAACCGCUGCACUGCGCCCUCACUCAACCCCACGCAGGUGUAUCCUCAGUUCUGCAACUCCUGCUUCCCAAAGGACCCAUCUGAAGCGCUUCGUGGAAAAGCCGUCCCAGAAGACUACAGAAUGGUGGAGGCCGUAUCUGCGCUUCCUGUCUUAGUUGAGCAGCACUUUGAGAAUCUACAAAUAUAUAAAGCACUGGAGGCCAUUAGCGCAUGCGUGCGGAUGACUAAUGCGUUUGUUCAAAGACAUGCACCGUGGAAGCUGGACCGGAACAAUCCUGGAGACCAGCAGUGGCUUGACACCAUCCUUCACGUGUCUUUAGAGUGCCUCAGGAUGUAUGGGAUACUCCUGCAACCCGUGGUGCCAGAUCUUGCAGACAGAAUUUUAUCUAGGUUGGGAGUCAUGCCUGAGGAGAGAAACUGGGAUUCUCUCAACUUCCUGAUGAAAUGUGAAGGAAGAGACUGUGUUUUAGAAGGAAGAGUGCUGGGUCCCGACUUGGGAGUGUUGUUUAAUCGCCUUGAGAGGAGCCAAGCGAAAGGGAUUCCCAACAAGUCAAAAUCUUAGUGCAUACUUUAGCAAUUCAAACCAAUUCUACCAAAUAUAGUAAUAGCCGUGGUGAAUGAUGGUGUUGGGGUACUAUGGGUUAAGAUGAAAAUCAUAGAAUUUUUUUGGAAUGAUUUAAAGGGAUAGUUCCCCCAAAAUUAAAAUUGUCAUUAAUUACUUGUUUAAAACCCACAAGGGACGCAAAUGAAGAUCUUUUUGAUGAAAUUUGAGAGAUUUCUGUCCCUGCAUUGACAACUACGUAUGGAAGCUUGUUUCUGCCACAGAAUAAAAAAAGGUAAUUGCAACUUUUUUCUCGUAGAAUUAAACUUUAUAACUCGCGAUUGCGAGUUUCUAUCUUACAAUUCUGAGAAAAGAUAUCAAAAUUGUGAGUUACAAUUACGAUUUUGACUAUAACACACAAUUUGAGACCAUUUCUCAGAUUUGCGUGAAAUAAGUCAGAAUUACAAGAUAUAAACUCGCAAUUAUCUUUUAAACGUUUUUAUUCUGUGGCGGAAACAAGCUUCCAUGGCUACGUAACUAGCACUUUGACGCUUCAUAAAGAGAUUGUAAAUCUAAUACAAAUGAAUUGAGUGUAUUAGUUCAAAUUUUCUGGAGACACAUGAUAGCUUGAUUGAAUUUAGGCUAAAUUAAAUCUGUUAUUCAUGUAAAGCGAUCAAGUCUCUUCAGACUAAACCACUCACUUCAUAUGGAUUAGUUUUACGAUAUCUUUUUGAAGCGUCAAAGUGGUAGUUAUGUAGCUGUCAAUGGAGGGACUGCGAUUUCAUUGAAACGAUCUUCAUUUGUGAUCACAAAUGGCUUCCAGGUGUGGAACGACAUGAGGGUGAGUCAUUUUUGGGUGAAAUAUCCCUUUACGGUAACACUAUAAUGUUUCGACAAUGUAAGACAAGGUUUAAAAAGUGACAUGGUUUUUUUUUUAAUGAGAAAUACACGAAACUGAAAAAUUGUACAAAUUGAAAUAAAAUAAAAAAGUUGCAAUAUU